AUGACGAGUAAUACUAAUAAUAAAACUAAUCCAAAUGAAAAAUUUCCUCAAUUAUACGAGGUGCUUUUAUAUAAGAAAAAAGAUAUAACACCUAUUCAGAAAAAACUUGGUAUUAACAAUAAUAUAAAUCAAACGGCAGUGUCAGAAAGCAAGAAAGCGAAAAAACUUGCCGAUUCAUAUGAAUUGCUGUUAGAAUUGGUGAGGGAUUUAAUAUCUAUACAGAUAAAACUUGGUAUAGAUAUCAAUCCCAUUUUAGAAGCAGAACUUAGAAGGGAUAAAGCCUCUUCAGAUAAAUCAAUUAGAUUAUUUGAUUUGCUUUUAUGCUUAGAAGACGAUAUAGCAACAAUUCAGGAAGAACUUGAUAUUAUCAGUUAUACUAAUCAAGAAAUGGCAGAAGAAGCUGAUAAAAAUGCAAGAGUGUACCUCCGAAAGUUUGAAGAAUUUCAUGGUCCCUUAGAAGAUGUUCCAAGUGUGUUAAUACAAAAAUUCAUCGAUAGUGGGGUAAAGAAAUUUUGGUUUACUGAUGAGGGACUACCAUUAUUUCCGAAUGUCUCUCUUCAACAAUUGCAUGAAAUUUUCGUCAAAAAAACGGCUAGCGUCAAUCAGUGCCCAUGUCUAAAAUCAAAA